UUUCAUGGCGAUCGGGAGAGAGGGAACACCACCGACGCACGCACACUAUCUCAGCACUCUUGAAAGAGUUUAUUCGGGUGUAAACUAAGUUGUCUACCUGACUGGCACAAGGAACACUGUUCUCCAGGUGAAUCUUAGAGGACAUCACUAAAGGGGCUCCAUAGCACUUGGAUCUGUUCUCCUCUGUCCCAGGUUCAGACUGCUUGGUCUAUGGCGCUGAUGGACAAACACAAACAGGUCAAGCGGCAGAGACUUGACCGCAUUUGUGAGGGUAUCCGACCCCCCAUCCUGAACGGGCCAAUGCACCCGCGGCCCCUGGUGGCCCUGCUGGAUGGGCGCGACUGCACUGUGGAAAUGCCCAUCCUCAAAGAUGUGGCCACAGUGGCCUUCUGCGAUGCCCAGUCCACACAAGAGAUUCACGAGAAGGUGCUAAAUGAGGCAGUGGCCGCCCUGCUGUACCACACCAUCACUCUGUCCAGAGAUGACUUGGAAAAGUUCAAAGGCCUACGCGUAAUUGUCAGGAUUGGCUCAGGCUUCGACAAUGUCGACAUCAAAGCAGCUGCUGAGCUAGGCAUUGCUGUCUGUAACGUGCCAGCAGCCUCGGUGGAGGAGACAGCCGACACUUCGCUAUGUCUGAUCCUCAACCUGUACAGGCGAGUCACCUGGAUGCACCAGGCCCUCAGGGAGGGAACCCGUGCCUCUAGUGUGGAGCAGAUCCGGGAGGUGGCUGGCGGUGCUGCUCGUAUCCGUGGCGAGACGCUUGGCAUUAUUGGUUUGGGGCGUGUUGGCCAAGCGGUGGCUCUACGGGCCAAGGCUUUUGGUUUUGGCGUGAUCUUCUAUGACCCCUACCUGCCCGAUGGCGUGGAGCGUUCACUAGGCCUGCAGCGCAUGGCCACCCUGCAGGACCUGCUCAUCCACUCGGACUGUGUAUCCCUGCACUGCAGCCUCAACGAGCACAACCACCACCUCAUUAACGACUUCACCAUCAAACAGAUGCGUCAGGGUGCUUUCCUGGUGAACACAUCAAGAGGGGGCCUGGUUGACGAGAAAGCAUUGGCUCAGGCCCUGAAAGAGGGCCGGAUACGAGGGGCCGCCCUGGACGUCCACGAGACAGAACCCUUCAGUUUUUCAACAGGCCCUCUGAAGGAUGCACCCAACCUGAUCUGUACCCCACACACAUCCUGGUACAGUGAGCAGGCUUCUGUGGAGGCUCGCGAGGAGGCAGCCAGGGAGGUGCGCCGCGCCAUCACUGGGCGUAUCCCUGACAGUCUAAAGAACUGCGUGAACAAGGAGUAUCUGAUGGCAGCCUCUCAGUGGCCCAGCAUGGAGGCAGCCACUGUUCACCCAGAACUUAAUGGAGCCACUUACAGAUUUCCUCCAAGUCUGAUUAAUGUUGCAGCAGCAGGGGGUCUCCCUGGAGCAGGCGCAGGGGUUGAAAGCCUGGUUUCAGGAACCCUGGCGCACGGCAUCACCCCCGUCUCCCACCCUCCUCACACCCCCUCCCCGGGGCAGCCUACUAAGGCCGAAGCCGACAGAGACAUCCCCUCCGACCAAUAGCCCCCCCCGCCGCCGCCAGCACAUUCCGUCACCUCUGGAAACCACCCCCACCCUCCACUUCUCAGCAUCAGACACAGCACGGCCCUCCAGUACAUCGGCAGCACCAGUUUGACCUGAUGUGGAUCUACACAGUCUUGUUUCUCAGAUUACAUAACCAGCCCAGGAGUGACCUGUCCACAGCUACCCCGCAUCCCACUCACAUCCCUCCAGAACACACACACAUCCCUCCAUCCUAGUCCUCAUCUCACCCACCCACCCACCCGCCACCCCCCUCCUCCCUUCACUCCCCCACAACGUCAGCAAUAACUUUGUUCUCAAGGAUUCAAUGAUUGGAUUGGUUUAUUUCCUUAGUUGGCUGUUGUUUUAAUGGAAAGUUGAUCUGUUGUGGUUCUAGGUGUUAAUGUUUGUUUGUAAAAAAAAAAAACAAAAAAAAAAAAUAGCAUUUCUGACAUUAGGCUUUACAGUCUGCUGCCUCUUGCAGUUCUCUUCUGACUUUGACCAGUAGAGGCACAGAGGCAGAAAGUUUGAAGCCCCCCCUUUGUACAUUAAUGGCUCAUGUUACUGCUCUCUUCUUCGUUUCUUUUUUUUUCUCUCCCCCUCCACCUUUCUUAUGAUGGAGGGGGUGUGUUCUUAAGUAAACCAGACAGAAUCACAAACAGUACAUCCUGUCCUCCCCACCAGGCAUCUAGCUACCCCUCAUCCCAGUUUUGCCCUUAGUUCUCCCUCCCCCUCCCCUGGCACUGUCAUGAGCUUGCUCAGCAGAGGGGUCCAUAGUGCUGUCAGUGUGAAGCUCUCUCUGACUGUCUAAGUACAUUUGAUCUGCUCAGCUCAUGUGCUUCAGCUCUCAACUUUGAUGCUACCCAAGAUCUUUUGUACCCCUUUUACUGCUGCAGUUUUUUUUUUAGGACAGUUGUCCCUGUAUUUACACAGGCUUUGUCGCUCAUUGCUUGUUCUGCCAUGGCAGAAUAGAACAGAGCAUCAUAUCAGAGAGCACCUAGGCAUGAAUUUCUAUCUCAUGCCAGCAGCCACAGUGCUGCGUGUGAGGUCUCGACACAUGGUGCCCACACAGUAUCAAACACAAAAAACAGCAGCAGGCCAGGGGGGUCUCGCCAGCAGAGGGCACUGUCUGACCGCACAGAGACCAGAGCUGCAUCUCAGUCGAACAGAGGGACAGUCACAGGUUAGCUUUAGAGAUGAAGAACAUGAUCACACACUGCCGACGUUCAGAACACACGAUGGGUGACUGGGGAUCGACUACUUACGGCCUUAUUGUUUGAAAAGAUCUCACUGCACCCCACCACCAUCACUGCUACCACCACCCCUGCAGCCACCCACCCUCCACUCUUCUCCCACUGUCAUGACCGACCCUGCACAUCUGCUCAUGAACCAGUAUGCAUCCACCAAUUCCUUUAAGUGUGAGGGGACAGUAGAGAUUAGAUUCCCUGUAGGAGCAAGGGGACAGUGUUCUUGCAUGCUGGCUUUAUUAAUGGCAGUGGUGUGUAUGUGUGCGUGUGUGCCUGUGUGUGUGUGUGUGUGUGUGUGUGUGUGUUUGUAUGUUCCCUCACCCUGUUAUGAUAAGUCUUUCCAAAGGAAUAGUCCCUAGGAGUAACUCUUUAACGCUGUUGCCCUGGUGUCAAGGGAACACCUUUCUAGUACCUCAGUAACAGAUAUUGAAUGUACCGUGCAUACCCUUUUAUUUUUUGUACAGAUUUUCUAGAUACUUCUUUGCUAUUCUUUACCAGAAGGGUUGUGAAAUUGUAGCAGUAAUGAUACAAUAAAAAAAAAAAACAUUGCCCCAUGAAAUAAAUUGACAAAAUCUUUGUAGGUUCACUAUAGGUCACUGAAUACUCAGGCUUCAAAAUCAGUGUGUAUCUCUUUCCCUUUUAUUUCCUCAUUGUGGAAAAUUCAGCACAGCGCUUUCCCAUUCUUAGACUUCAGACUGUAGUUGACGUGUUUCGACCUCCAUCUUACUGGCUAUUGAAAAAUGAGGAAAAAAAAGCAAAAGGCGGUCGUUGUGGUCUGCUAGUUCUCUUUUAUUAGAACAGUAGUAGUAGAUGCUGUUUUGUUUUGUUUUGUUUUGACCCCCCUUCAUUGUCAAGCUGCUCUAUCUAUAGUGCAUGUGAGGUAAUUUUUCUAGGGGAAAUACUAUUGGCUUAAAAAAAUUUGGUGUCAUCUUGCUGUUUCCCUCCGCUCCCCGGCCUUCUCCCACUCAGAGUGUUUUCAACCCGAGUUGCCAUUUUUGUCGUGGUCAGUUUCCAGUGAUGUACAGUUUCCUCCCCCAGAGUCUAUGAGAGACAUGGAGCAUGUCUGUGUCCUGAGAUGCUAGGCUCCUCUGUCAUGUGAUGAGUAUAUAUUUUUAAAAAAAAUAACCCCCAUAGUUCGGAUUAUGAGCAUUAUAGUAAUCUUAAAUUUUGCUGUUGAUGAUGAUGAUUAUAUAUAUAUUUUUUUCAGUUCAGCAGUGCACUGUUAUGAAAACCAUUCUGUUUUUAUUGUAGGAUUUCACUUUUAUGGAUAUGCUGUCUGUGUUCUACAUGUUGUACUGAAACAUUUCAGAGAAAACAAGAGAUCCCUCUCCUGGUGAUUUUUUUUUUUUUUUUUUUUUUUUUUGUUGGGGGAAUAAUUUGUCUUAUCCCAACGGUCCUUUCCAGCUGAUAUCCUCUGGGCCUUACUUAUUCUCUCCCUGUCGAAGUAGCUGUUAUAGAAAGUCGCCAUGGAACCACUCACUGCCUUAAUACAGUUGACCACAGCAGGUGAAGUCAGGAGACACACCCAGUCGAAAAGAACGGGCCACAACCAAGGCCGCUCCGCAAAAAGCUCUUCACACCCCGACAGGCCUAAAUCUGCAGCACGUUGCAUUUCUUUUUCAGUGUCGAACCACAUUUAGCCUUGUGUAGUCAGAUUCCAGCCCAUUCUGCAAACACAUAAAUGCAGCGUGAAUUCUUAAUAUGCAUUAAUGUUAUAUUUUUGUUUUUGUUUGUCUUCUAAUUUUCAGUAGUCAGCCCAGCAGUGUGUAUGUGCAUAGGCUAACAAAUAAGCACAUUGUGUAUGUUCACAAAAACACAGCUGAUAUUUCACUCUUGGGUGUGAGAAUGCCAUUGCACCACCCACCCAGCACCACUUUGGGGCUCUUAAAGCUUCUAUCACAGCGCUGCCAGAGCCCCAGUGGGGCUGGGGGUGGGAGGGCAUAGCGGACACUGGUGUGGUCUGUCAAAAGAAGAAAAAAAAAAAAAAAAAAAAAAGCAGAAAAUUACGUGAGAAUCGGUCACUUUUUCUCUCUCAGGGUUCAAAUGCACACAUAUCCUCCAGCAGUCGCCCUCUGUCUUGUGUCCCUCAUCCCAAGUUUUCCGCCCUCCGAAUGUAGAACAGCCUCCUGCGUUUUUAGGAACCGCUCUCCCUUCAUUUUCCCUUUGUGCACAGGUCUGAACUUUUUUUUUUCCUGUUUUUCUUUCUUUUGGCACUGACAUCUAACCAUCUAACAAGGAAUGAAUGGAUGAAUGUUUGAAAGUGACUGUGUGUAAUGUUAAAAAUGAAAUGUAUUUUUACAACAUGUGAACAUUUUUUUUUCCACUCACUCUCAUUGUGAAUUGAUUUUUUUUCUUUCACCAGACUGCAAAAACAAAAAGAAAAAAAAACAAAAAUGAAAAAAAAAAUCUCCUGUAACUAGGCUCUUAAGCUUUAUUUUUGUUUUGUUUACUUUUUUAUUAGAAACAAUCAUGUUUGUGAUGGUAACUUCCGAUGGUAAACUCCACACCGUAUUUUAAUAAAAUCUUAAAAAUUAAACAUUUGCUCCAUUGUU